AUGGAAACAUUUGAUUCUUACAACUUGUUUAGGGCUACAAAUAUUGAUGGUUGUGAUUUUGAAAGUCAUCUAGAAGGUCAUGAUGACACUUUUAUGGAAAAAAUAGAAGAUGCAGACACUCCAUUAUAUCCACAAUGCACUAAAUAUACUAAGUUAUCGUCAAUUGUUGCAUUGUAUAAGGUUAAAACUACCAAUGGAUGGUCUGACAAAAGUUUUGAUGAAUUGUUAAGACUUUUGAAUGAUAUGUUUCCUUUAGAUAAUAUGAUCCCCAAGUCUAUGUAUGAGGUUCGAAAAUUUCUUCGAUUAUUUGAUUUAGGAUAUGAAAAGAUUCAUGCGUGUGUUAAUGAUUGCUGUUUGUUUAGAAAAGAUAAAGAAAUCUUGCAAGAAUGUCCAACAUGUGGAACUUCACGUUGGAUGUCAGAUAAGCUGACUAAAAAGGUUCGACAUGGUGUCCCAGCAAAAGUUUUGAGGUACUUUCCUAUAAUCCCUAGGUUGAAACGGAUGUUCAUGUCUAAAAGAAUUUCAAAGGAAUUAAGAUGGCAUCACAACAAUAAAAGUUGCGAUGGAAAAAUGCGUCACCCAGUGGAUUCAGCAGCAUGGGAGCUAGUCAAUGAUAAAUGGCCAUCAUUUUCAAAUGAAGAGAGAAAUAUUAGACUUGGCCUUUCCACAGAUGGAUUUAACCCAUUUAGUAAUUUAAGUUCUAAUUAUAGUGUUUGGCCUAUUUUGUUGGUCAUGUACAACUUACCCCCAUGGUUGUGCAUGAAACAGGAGAAUAUUUUAUCAUCAAUGUUAAUUCCAGGACCUAAACAGCCUGGGAAUGAUAUUGAUAUAUACUUAGAACCCCUCGUAGAGGACUUGAAAUUAUUAUGGAAUGAGGGUGUUGAUGCUCAUGAUGCAUUGGACAAUACAAAUUUCAAGUUGCGGGCUAUUUUGAUGUGGACAAUCCAAGAUUUUCCAGCAUACGGGAACCUUGCUGGUUGUAAAAAUAAGGGAUGUUUUAGUUGUUCCCUAUGUGGUUAUGGUACUCAUUCAGAAUGGCUAAAACAUAGUGGGAAGUUUUCAUAUCGAGGUCAUCGAAAAUUUCUUAAAGAAGACCAUCCAUUUCGAAGUAAAAGAAAGAAAAAUGUUUGUGAAAGCAUCUGUAAUACAUUGCUAGAUGUUGCUGGAAAAAGUAAAGAUGGACUAAAAGCUCGCUUGGAUUUGCAACAUAUGGGUAUUAGGAGUGCAUUACACCCACAAGAGAAGGGGACUAGAACCUAUCUUCCUGCAGCUUUACACACACUAUCAAAGCUUGAGAAAGAAUUAUUUUGUAAAAGGUUGUUCUCAUUGAAAGUACCUGAUGGAUAUAGCUCAAAUAUUCGAAAUUGUGUUUCAAUGGAACAAUGCAAGCUCAUGGGCCUUAAGUCACACGAUUGCCACAUUUUGAUGCAACAAUUACUACCGAUGGCUAUAAAAGGAUUGAUGCCAUUGGGUCCAAGAGAUGCUAUAAUAAGAUUAUGCAUGUUCUUUAAUCGAAUAUGUCAACGUGUUCUUGAUAGAGAAAGCAUAAUGACAUUAGAAAAUGAUGUUAUUGAAACUUUAUGCUUACUGGAGAGAUUCUUUCCACCAUCAUUUUUUGAUGUCAUGAUUCACUUAGUGUUUAUGUGA